CAUCCACUCCUGUCCCUGUGAAGAGUGAAGAUGAUGAAGAGAAACCUCAGUCCUCACAGCUUCAUCAAAGACACACUGAACAGAUGGAAACAGAAGCAGAGGGAGAGGACUGUGGAGGAGCAGAACCAGCCAGGAACUCAGAUCCAGAUACACAUUUACAACCUGAGACUGAUGACAAGACUGGAGCAUCUUCUGAACCAGAGACUGAUGACAGUGAUGACUGGGAGGAGACCAGAGAACCUCAGUCAGGUUUAAACUCUCUGAAAAAUGAUCAAGUCUCUGUCAAUGAUUUGAUUGUUGAUGACAAACGAUUUAACUGCUCUGAGUGUGGGGAAAGAUUUGGUCACAGAGGAGUUCUGAAGGAGCACAUGAGAGCUCAUACAGGAGAGAAACCAUUUAGUUGCUCUGAGUGUGGGAAAAGAUGUAGUCAGAGGGGACAUCUGAAGAUUCACAUGAGAUCUCAUACAGGAGAGAAACCAUUUAGCUGCUCUGAGUGUGGCAAAACCUUUGGUCAAAGUGGAGCUCUGAAGAAUCACAUGAGAUCUCAUACAGGAGAGAAACCAUUUAGCUGCUCUGAAUGUGGAAAAAGAUUUGGUCAGAAGUUAUAUCUGUAUAAACACAUGAGAUGUCAUACAGGAGAGAAACCACAUGGCUGUUCUGAGUGUGGCAAAAGCUUUGGUCAAAGUGCAACUCUGAAGAGACACAUGAGGUCUCAUACAGGAGAAAAACCAUUGAGCUGCUCUGACUGUGGCAAAAGAUUUGGUCACAGUGGAGAUUUGAAGAGACACAUGAGAUGUCAUACAGGAGAAAAACCUUUUAGCUGCUCAAUUUGUGGGAAAUCAUUUACACAAAAUGGAAAUUUACAUAUACACAUGAAAAUUCAUGAAGGAGAAAAAGGAUUCAGCAGUUCAGUCUGAAAAAAAAAAAAAACUGACAAGCGUGUUAC